AGAAGAAACGAAACCGAAACAUUUGAAAGCCGCCUCUCCCCCGCUCCGCCAUGGCAGAGCCGCUCAUCACCCUGAAGAAGACCCGCCUUUGCUGUCAAGUCUGCGGCGAGCUUUUUAGGAACCCCGCGACUCUCUCUUGCGGGCACAGCUUCUGCACGCAGUGCAUCCUCGGCAGCCUGGAUAGGGACGAGAGGAAGCAGCGCGCAUGCGCCUGUCCUGAAUGCGGCCACAGGUUCCCCAGCAGGCCGCAGCCGAUCAAGAACACAACUCUAGCCGACUUGUUGAGGGACAUGGAGAGGCGCGACGGGAAGAGGAAACACCCGGGGGCCUCCACGCAGGAGACCGCGAGCUGUGUCGUGACAGGAACUUCCUCUGGAAGCAACCUGUGCGUGAGGCACAGCCGCCCUCUGGAUAUUUACUGCUGCACCGACGAGCAGAUCUUAUGCGCGCUGUGUGCUUCAGCCGAGCACAUGGGACACACGAUUGGGAAAGUGAGAGAAGAAAGGAGAAGAAGACAGAAGGAGCUGAGGAUCAUACAAACAAAAUCCAAGCAGAUUCUCCAGGAACAAGAAAAUAAAUGUACAAACAUAGGGAAGACUCUCAAACGGAUUCAGGAGGAGGCGAGAGAGACACAGGACUACUGUGAAAGCGUCUUGGCCGGCAUCAUUGACUCAAUCCAGAGACAUCACAUGUCAGUGAGGGAGCUGAUCAGAGGACACGAGGAGCAGGCAGCCGCUCAGGCCGAGAUCUCCCGACAGACCCUGCAGGGGGAGAUGGAGGAAAUGAGGAAGAGAGAUGCUGAGUUGGAUCGUCUGGCACAAACUGACAGCGAUGCUCGUUUCUUGCAGGGCUGGCUGUCAAUGCAGCACCUCUGUGAGAAUGACCAUCUCCAUCCUUUGCAGGAGGACUCAGAGAAUCCUCUUCUCCCCUUUGAGAUCACAAAGAGAGCCGUCGGUCAGCUCGGGGAGCAACUGGAGGAAUUUUGCGACAGAAGAUUUGCCUCAAUCUGUCAAACGGCUGACAGUGGAGAGCAGCAGGAAUCAGAAGAAGAGUCGGAGGAGGACGACAUGCAGGAAAGAUGUGAAGCCAGUAACACGCAGUCCCAUGGUCUCUCUAGGACCAGCAGGACUGAACCCAACGUGGAGCCUAAAACCAGAGCAGAGUUCCUGCAGUAUGCCUGUGACCUCAGCCUGGACCCCACCACAGCUCACAAGAACCUGGAGAUUUCUGCAGGAGACAAAGAAGUGAGGUGGAGCGCUCUCGAGAGGAAGAGCCCGGCUGGUCAUUGCCCACAAAGGUUCCUCCAACAAAAGCAGGUGCUGUGCAGGGAGGGCCUGCAGGCCGAGCGCUGCUACUAUGAGAUCGAGGUGGAAGGAGACAAGGUGGAGAUCGCCCUCGCCUACAAAGGAAUAGACAGAAAGUCUUUCAGCCGACGGUCAGCUUUUGGGGCAAAUGCCAAUUCCUGGAGUCUUGAUCGCUCCGCCAAUUACUCUGUGAGCCACAAAGAUGUUGGCGUCCCGCUCACAGCAUGCCCCAGUCAACGCAGGCUCGGCGUUUAUUUGAACUUCACGGAAGGAACUCUUUCGUUCUACGAGGUGGCAGACAGAAUGAAGUUUCUUUACAAGGUUGAAGCUGAAUUUUCAGAGCCUCUGUAUCCGGGCUUCUGGCUCGGAGUGGGCUGUUGCAUCAGGAUCUGUGAUUUGAGACUGGACGCACUGUGACCGAUGCCGGAGGUUUGUAGAAAGGGCCGGUUUGAAGGUUGGUUGUCUUCAUAAGGGAUUUCCCAACAUCAAGUAGUCACAGAAUAGUCUGCAUUACUCGGCAAAAAAAAGAUUAUUAAUUUAAACUAAAUCUCAGUUUUAUGGGGGGCAUAAAAUUAGAUAUCUCAGUCUAGUAACUCUGUAGACUUGGAAAUCACAGUCUUAAAGUUUAGUCCUUGAACAAUCGGCUUUUUCUCGACAUUCAUGUUGUACAUCAUACUUUUUAAAACUUGAAGUCUGCCUGCUGCUUAAAAUGUCAAUGCUUUAAUAAGUAUAUUUAAAACUAUUAUACACAGAAGCUACAUGUGCAGGUGUUUUUAAUCUGAAAAUAGUUCGCGGCAACAUGGGUAACUAAUUAUCUGUAUUUAUUUAAUUAUUUUUCAUUUGCAAUAACAACUAUAAAGAAGGUAGGUCGUAGACAUGUAUACAGUAGAACGUGUUGUGAAACAAACAUGCUAGCAGCUAAAUGCUAAUGUCAGCAUCCUCACUCGCUUACAAUGACAAAGCAAAUAUACUAAUGUUAAGCAGGGAAAAUGUUUAUUAUCUUAAUUUAACUAAUUAGAUUGAUGUUACAUUCCUAAUGUAGACUUAAAUGGCAUUUACAUUUUUUUUCAAACAUGUAAAAGAAAUCCGACAGCAGUGUAUCCACUCUUUAUUAUUAAUACUUUUGGUUCACUUUUUACAAUAAUUGUCAGUAUGAUACAAUCAUAAUAUGACGUGAGGUGGGAGAGAGAGAAGCUGUGUGGGGUUUUCACCUUAAAGAUAAAGCCCCGCUAGUUCAAUUAUCAGACCAACUCCAAUGACCACAGAUGAGACUGGAGCUCGUAGUUUUACUCGUCACAAGGAGAGUUGAGCUGUGGCUCCGCACGUCUCCAAAACACUGGCUCAAUUCUCCCCCGACAGUCCUUUUAUUGAAACAAGUAGUUACACAAAACAGGAUGAGCUUUACGACCCGGAGUCCUGUGUGGGUGAGUUAUGUGGGGAGACCUGAAACAAAACCUUGUUCCUGUGUCUGCUCAUCAACCAGAUGUGACCCUGGAACCUUUUGCUCUCAGGGUGACCGGUAUAGAAUAAACAACACAGCAAUAAUAUGAUUGACAUAUUAAUCUUAUUCUAAUAAUUACAGCCCCGGGGAGUAAACAACAAUUCAUAGGGCGUACAUUCUUUAAUAUAAACUGAAAACACUUGCUCUAAAACCUAACAAGCUGUAAAGAGACAUUUAUAAACAUGUACAGCUGGUGCUUAAAACGUGUGCUCAGUAAGGCCCUGCACCCACAGGUAAAAGAAGGAAUCUACACACAUACACAUUUAUAUAAUUCACACUUGCACUCAGACACAUUUAUUAUACUUCCGCACACACACUUCAGCACUUGUAAGGAAAAUGUGUAACAUUCCUUUGGCUGUAAGGGACCGCUCCUAAUCAUUGCUAUUAUCUGACACUAAUGUGUCAAUCUUAAAUACUCUGUAGUGUAAUAAGUUGAUAUUGCUUUUAUACUAUGACAACAAAACAAACCCUAACUUCUUUUGCAGUCCGAGUGGGAAAAAAAGGUGCAUCAAUCACAUUCAUUAUUACUUCAUAUUUCAUUUACUGCUAAAAGUUACUUUUUUAGACAAUGAUAUACUUCACGUGGAUAAAAUGUAUCUUGAUUACACAAGAUUAGUUACAGACUUGAACAACAGAGAGAUCUCUGCAUGACAGUCAGCAGGAAGUAGCUGGCUCACACGGACGAAAACAAGGAGAGAUAAAACAAGACAUGCUUGAAGGAACACAUGUCGCCUUAAGGGGGCAACACACGUGACCGCUUUGAGUUCUGGAUGCCGUGUGAUUGCAUCCAGAGUUAAGACAUGAGCAGGAUCAGUUGCAUCUAAUCAAUAUUAACACUGAUACAUUCAGCUAACUUAAAGACCGCUGCAGUGUGUUUGUGUCUGAGAGGCUAUUGCCUGUUUAUGAACUGCCCAAAUAUGCGAAACCUAAAAACGCUAAUUUAGGCUUUUAAAAUGACGACAAUAAAUCUUUGUUGUUCAUCACAUCUACAAUGCAAAUAUACAGGAAUAUAAAUAUAGUCCAUUUAAUCCUUAAUGCCAUGGCUUUGAAUAUUGUGAUAAAUAAAUAAAUCAAGGUAUCCUCUUCCAUGUAACAGGAACUUGAGUGCUCAGUGUGAACUGGUUGAAAGUUUUGCACAACUAUUUGCUACCAGAGUAUAAAUAAUGCAUCAGUUCAACCAGGAGUCAAAGGUGUUCGUCACAAAGGAGCCGUCGUGGUAUAUGUCUCUUUCAAGAACACCCAGUGAGGUCUGUUAUUCCACACAGGUACAGAACGGGUGCGUUGUGUGUGUGCAUUAACGUGUUUGUGCAUGUAUACAGUUUUCCAAGGUGUUUCUAAGCUAUUUGAUACAUCAUUUGGAUUUUUGUUCUUUCAGUUAAUAAAUGUUUUGCUCCAUU